AUGCAACGACUCUUUGACUCCCCAAUCCAUCAUUUGCUCAGAGACUUAGCAAAGAAAUAUGGACCAGUGAUGCACCUUAAGUUUGGUGAAAUUUCAACCAUUGUUGUCACUUCACCUGAAAUGGCCAAAGAAAUUUUUAAAACACAUGUGGCAUUCAAGAUUACUUCUUAUAAUUUCAGUGGCAUUAUGUUCUCUCCCUAUGGCAAAUACUGGGAAGAAUUGCGAAAAAUCUGCAACAUGGAACUUCUCAGUCCACAGCGCGUGCAAACUUUCAAAUCGAUUAGAGAAGAUGAGGUCUUCAAUCUCAUUAAUUUGAUUUAUUCACAAAAGGGAUCGAUUUUCAACUUAAGCAGAAGCAUUUUCAAUCUCACCUAUAGCAUCAGGAGUCACGCAGCAUUUGAAAAAAGAAACAAAGACACAGAAAAUUUUAUACAGCUUAUAGCUGAAACCAGUAGUCUGGCGUCAGGGUUCAGCUUAGCGGAUAUGUACCCUUCUAUUAAGUUGCUUCAAAAAGUGGAAGUAGGAAAACAGGAUGGUGGAGGAGGUAGGGAGGCUCUCGUUGAUGUUCUUCUCAAUAUUCAGAAAUCUGGUGACUUUGAACGUCAACUAACUGAUACAAACAUCAAAGCAGUUAUCCUAGACAUUUUUGCUGCUGGUAGUGAGGCAUCAGCAACGGCCAUGGAGUGGGCAAUUUCGCAAACGAUCAAAAACCCAAAAAUAAUGAAAAGGGCACAAGAUGAGGUGAGAAGUAUCUUCAAUGACAAAGGAAAUGUUGAUGAAUCACGCCUUCAUGAGCUCAAAUACUUGCGUGCAAUCAUUGAAGAGAUCCUGAGAGAUCCCCAGUACUGGAGUGAACCUGAGAAAUUUAAUCCUUCGCGAUUUCUUGAUGCUAAAAUUGAUUUCAGAGGAGAUGAUUUUGAGUACAUCCCAUUUGGCUGUGGAAGAAGAAUUUGUCCAGGCAUAGCAUUUUGUCAACCAACUGUUGGGCUGGCUCUUGCACAAUGGUGA